AUGAGUUAAAUAACAAAGUAAGUUGCUCAAUAUUUCCCUAUUAUUGUUUGUGGUGGUGGAAUAGGUGGGCUUACAUUUGGUUUAUCAUGCACAAAAUAUGGUUUUAAGCCCUUAAUCAUAGAUCAAGCAAAAGAAUUUGAUUCAAAAGUUGGAUAAGGAAUUGGUUUAUGGGGACCAGCUCAAAUGGCUUUAAAAUAAUUAGGUUUGGAAAAAAAGCUUGACGAAGAUGGUAGGGUAAUGUUCUGUGCAGGCUACAGAUCAAAAUAAUUAGAUGAUUGGCUUGUCAGGCCAUCAAACAGAAUUGAUAGAUUGACUUCCUGCUUGUGUUUAAGGAGAGGUACCCUUUAAAAAACUCUUAGAGAAUCAUUCCCUUCUGAUUAGCUCCUCCUUGGAAAAAGAGUGGAAUAAAUUGAAUAACUUGAUAAUUUAGUAAGAAUUACGCUUAAUGAUGGCACAAUUUUAGAAACAAGUUUGUUGGUUGGUGCAGAUGGUUUACAUUCUAAAGUUAGAUAAUCUAUUUUUCCAGAAAUAUAGCCUAGAUAUGCAGGAUAUUCAUACUAUUAAGGUGUUAGCAAUAAUUCAGAAUUAUCUAACUCAGCUGCUUUUGAAGCUUGGGGAGCAUAUAGAAGAUUUGGCAUAGUAGGUUUAAAAGAUCCUUAAUGUUAUUGGUUUGCAGUAGGCGAACAUAAUAUUUCAUUUUUUUCUUAAUCAGAUGGUCUGAUUGAAGAUGAACCAAAAUCUUCUAAAACAGAAGUUAUUAGUGAAUAAGAGAAAGAAGAGUUAUUAUAUUAUUUCAAGGAUUUUGGUAAAUUAGCUAAUUAAGUUAUAAAUAGCACCAAAUCAGAAGAAAUAGUUAAGACUCCUAUAUAUGAGCUACCAAAAAUGAAGGAAUGGUCUUAGGGAAGAAUUGUAUUAUUAGGUGAUGCUUGUCAUGCUAUGGCUCCUAAUCUAGCAUAAGGAGCAUGUUUAGCAAUAGAAGAUGCUCUCUAACUUUCUAGUUCUAUUUACUAAGCAUUGCUCAAAGAAAGCAGGAAUAGGAAUUUAUAAUAUAGCUUCGAAUAAUGCAUGAAAGAAACGGAUUUUGUGAAGAAUAAUAUCAUAUCUAAUUAUGUUUAGAAAAGAAGACUUAGAGCUCAUAUUGUGCAAACUCUUGUGCCGAUGGUUCAUUAGAUAGGAAGAUUAGAUGGAAGAGCAGAAUAAUUCAGAAAUGCCUUCUUUAAAGCAUGGUCAGGAAAGUUUAAAACAUUUAUUUUCGACAAGACUCAUUAAUUCUGCUUAGGAUGGAGCUAUACUGCCCCUAACCUUGGAUAAGGGCUUUAUACAAGAAUAAUUGGUCCAAAUUUCUAUAAUUACCCAAAAGGAUUAGUAGAUUUUCAUAUAAAUAAGCCCAAAUAGCUAGACAGUAAGUAAAUAAGUGUAGAUUUUAAUAAAUAAAGCUGUGUUGCAGAAGGAAAUUGCACUAUUUAUUCUGACAAUAAUUAUUUUGUAAAUGCAGUAGAAAAGUUAUUGCAAUUACCUUAGAAUAUGAAUAAUGGUAAGGUAAUUCUAGGUGUCACUUGUAAUGAAGAUGGAAGUGAAUUAUGGUAUAGAUAAUUUAUUAAUAGCUGUGGUUAGGUAAAUACAUUCGACUCAUUACAAUAUGUAAAGGAGGAAAAGUUAUAUGAAGAAAUCUUUAACUUCGUUAUCGUAAUGAGGCUAGAAGAAAAGGGGGAUAAUAGAACAUUCUACCAUUAGAGCGAAGGAAUCUAUUUCAAAAUACCUUUCACUAAUCUCAAAAUUAAAAUACCUUAGUUUUUAGCUCCUAAAAUUAAAGCAGAGACUAUAGGAACUGAAAAUGGAUGGAAAUAUAAUGUAGAACUAUCGUAUCUAAAUGGAAAAUACAAUGUUCUUACAUACAAAGGUGAAAUAACAAAAGUUUAAAAUAACUACUGA